UCUGUUGAUCUCGCUUCCGGAUCUCGCACUCUUGCUUUAGCUCUCGAUUCUGCGCAAACACAGCUGAUAAGGGGUUUUCAAACAAUGUCGACUCUUCAGGUUCCUUCAUCGGCUCCCCCUGCGUCCGAAGACUGCGAACAGCUCAAGAAAGCUUUUGCAGGAUGGGGAACAAAUGAGGACUUAAUCAUAUCCAUAUUAGCUCACAGAAAUGCAGCGCAGCGCAAGCAAAUCCGACAAACUUAUGCUGAAACUUAUGGAGAAGAUCUACUGAAAGCUCUGGACAAAGAACUCACAAACGAUUUUGAGAGAGCACUACUUCUGUGGACAUUGGAUCCUGCUGAACGUGAUGCCGUUUUAGCUAAUGAAUCUACCAAGAGGUGGACUUCAAGCAAUCAAGUCAUUAUGGAAAUAGCUUGUACAAGGUCUUCACAUGAUCUAUUAUUGGCGAGGCAAGCCUAUCAUGCUCGUUUCAAGAGAUCCAUUGAAGAAGAUGUUGCACAUCAUACGACUGGAGACUUCCGCAAGCUUUUAGUUCUUCUUGUGAGCUCAUACCGUUAUGAGGGACCAGAGGUGAACAUGACACUGGCAAAACAUGAGGCUAAGAUACUCCAUGAGAAGAUCCAAGAUAAGGCUUACAAUGAUGAGGAUCUCAUCAGGAUUCUGACAACAAGGAGCAAAGCACAACUUAAUGCGACUUUUAACCACUACAAUAAUGAGUUUGGCAAUGCUAUCAACAAGGAUCUGAAAAUUGAUCCCAAGGAUGACUUCCUUGCACUUCUGAGAGCCACUGUUAAGUGCUUGACCUUUCCAGAGAAAUACUUUGAGAAGGUUCUUAGGCAGACGAUCAACAAGAUGGGAACAGAUGAGUGGGCCCUCACCAGAGUUGUCACCACCCGGGCUGAGGUGGACAUGCAACAGAUAAAGGAGGAGUACUACCGCCGGAACAGUGUCCCUCUCGAUCAUGCCAUAAGCAAAGACACCACUGGGGACUAUGAAGCAAUGCUUCUUGCCUUGAUAGGCCAUGGAAAGUCUUAAAAGCAAAUUUGUGAACUUGAGAAAUGUUUCUCCCAUGAGUGCUGUAUCUUGAUCAUUACCAUGCUUAGAUGCAUAUCUACCUAUAGUUUUCUAUGCCCUGGUUGUUUAUGAACCCUCUUUGUUACAUAAGUGGUUUGGAAUAAAGCGAUACAAUUUAGUACCCUUGUAUUAGUCAUUAAAUGGUAACUGCAUAAUAUGUAUGAGUUGCUUUCAUCUCUCUUUCUGUUAUUUUAGUUUUUAAACAAAUUAAGAAGCAUGCUUGGAUGUAUGUACUCCCUUGAUGAACUGUAGGUCCAUAUGUGUAGCAAUAAAGGGGUAUCUUUGGAU